AUGACCUCAGCCUGCACGCCCCGCGUCUUCAUCGUCCGUCACGGCGAGACCGAAUGGUCCCUGAAUGGACGACACACCGGUACCACCGAACUUCCUCUCACGGCCAACGGCGAGCGCAGGAUAAAGGCCACCGGCAAGGCAUUGGUCGGCGAUGACCGCCUGAUCGUUCCCAAGAACCUGGCUCAUAUUUACGUCUCUCCCCGCAAGCGCGCCCAGCGCACCCUCGAGCUGCUGUCGCUCGGCUGCGCGGAGCGCAUGCCGUGGCAGCAGGAUGAACCUACGAAGGACUUCAUCCGCACCCAUGCCGGCAUUCAGGUGACGGACGCCAUCCGCGAGUGGGACUAUGGCGACUACGAGGGCCUGACCAGCGCUCAGAUCCGCGAGCAGCGUGCUGAACGCGGCCAGGAGCCUUGGGAUAUCUGGAAGGAUGGGUGUCCAGGCGGAGAGUCGCCGGAGGAUGUAAGCAAGAGGCUUGAUGAGCUGAUCAAGGACAUCCGCGCGCGCUUCCACGGACCUGCGGUUGGCAAGCCGAAGAAGGACGUCGGUCCGCACGACGUACUGAUCGUGGCUCACGGCCACAUCCUGCGCGCCUUCGCCGCCCGGUGGAUCGGACGGGACGUUUCGGACAACCCGGCGCUGAUUCUUGAGGCUGGUGGUGUGGGAACGUUGAGUUACGAACAUCACUCCAUCGACGAGCCCGCUAUCCUCCUUGGCGGUGCGUUCGUGGUGGACGUCGUUGAGAAAGAGCAAGAGUCGAAAUAG